AUGUAUCUGGAGGAGUUACUUAUUGAAGGGUUCAAAUCUUAUGUAUCGAGAACACAAAUUACAGGCUGGGAUCCCGAGUUCAAUGCCAUCACUGGUCUCAAUGGUACUGGUAAAUCCAACAUUCUAGAUGCCAUUUGCUUUGUAUUGGGUAUCACCAACUUGUCUCAGGUGAGAGCCAGUAAUUUGCAAGACUUGAUCUACAAACGUGGUCAAGCAGGAGUAACAAAGGCCUCAGUGACCAUUGUAUUCAACAAUGAAGACAGAGAGCGAAGUCCAGUUGGUUUUGAAGCUUACAAGCAAAUCACAGUGACAAGACAGGUCUUGAUGGGUGGUAGAACUAAGUACAUUGUCAAUGGCCAUAAUGCGCAACAACAAACAGUACAAAACCUCUUUCAAUCAGUGCAGCUCAACAUCAACAAUCCUCAUUUCUUGAUCAUGCAGGGCCGCAUCACCAAAGUACUCAACAUGAAGCCUACUGAAGUGCUGAGCAUGGUAGAGGAAGCUGCAGGCACCAAAAUGUUUGAGGACCGCAAAACCAAAGCUAUUGCUACCAUGGCCAAGAAAGAGCGCAAAGUCGAGGAGAUCAACACACUCUUACUAGAAGACAUCAUUCCCAAACUGGAUCAUCUGCGUGCAGAGAAGCGAGUGUACCUGGAUUUUCAAAAGAACGAGGCUGAAAUGGAGCGAUUGAAUCGAUUGGUAAUCUCAUACGAAUACAAGAAGCACGAGGAGAAGCUCAACAAGUCAGGGGCAGACAAUGAGGCCAGAUUCAACAAGAUCAAUGAACUCAGGGCCCAGGCGCAAGCUAUUGAAGAGGAAAUUAAGCGCAUAGACUGCCAAAAGAAAGCAGUGUCUGAAAAGAUGAAGAAGAACUCGGCCAGUUCUGGAAAAAUAAGAGAUUUAGAGGCCAAAAUCAAGGAAUACACUACACAACUCGUCAGACUCAAGACCAAAAAAGACCUGCUCGAGUCCUCCACUACAGACGAACAGCGAUCCUUGUCCUUGCUGGCCACUCAAAAGGGAGAGUCAACACGCAAUCUGGCGGAAAAGAAGCACGCUUUCGAAAGAAUCAAUCAAGAAUAUGCCGCCUUCAAAAAGGGACAUGAUGAAAAGACAGCCGAGAUGAAGAACACGGAUGAAUUGAUCCAGACAUUGACCACCGGUGUUUCUGCAGAGGAAGGACAUGAAAAUGGCUACAUGGAGCAAUUGCAGCAAUCCAAAAACGCAGCCAACCAAGCAUCUACCACCGAGGAACAGGCAUCACUCAAAAUUCGACAUUUGCAGAACGAGCUGAGAGAAAAGGAGCCUCAGGCUGUCAAGGCGUUAGCUGAAAGCCAGGGCUCAGUUGUAGCAUUAGAGAGAAAGAAGGUGGAAAUCACAGAGAUCCAGAACCAACUGAACGCAUUACACUGGAACCCAGAUAUUGAGAACGACCUUUUGCGCAGAAAGAACGGAACACGAGAUAAACUCAAUGAACUGUACGAUGAAAGGGAAGCACUGACCAGAAACCUGUCCAGUCUCAACUUUCAAUACUCCAAUCCCACGCCUGAUUUUGAUCGAUCUCAAGUCAAGGGUCUUGUAGCAGAGCUCAUCGCCUUGGACGAAAAGCAUUUUGAGGCAUCCACAGCGCUGGAGAUCUGUGCUGGUGGCAAAUUGUACAACGUGGUGGUCGAGAACGAAAAGGUCGGUGCACAGUUGCUGGAUGGUGGCAGAUUAAAGCGUCGCUGGACCUUGAUUCCGCUGAACAAGAUUCAGGGGCAAAUCAUACCCGACCACAAAAUAGAAGCAGCUCAAGACAUUGCGCCUGGAAAAGUGCAUUUGGCAUUGAGCCUGGUGGGUUACGAAAAGGAGGUAUAUCAAGCCAUGGAGUGGAUUUUUGGCAGCACGUUUAUCUGUGAUGAUGCGCAAACAGCCAAGGAUGUGACAUUCAACAAGCAUGUUCGCGUCAAAUCAGUCACCUUAGACGGUGAUGUCUAUGACCCCUUUGGUACGCUGUCUGGUGGCUCCAAACCUAAUUCUGCAGGUAUCUUGGUUAAGGUGCAAGAACUGAACCGUGUAAAUCAAGAGAUUGACCAUCACACCGAGAUACUCAACUCGUUGGAGGAAGAAAUCCGAGCUUCGCAGAGUGCUAUCGCUGAUUACAAGAAGUGCAAACAACGCCUUGAUCUCAAGUCGCAUGAGUUUGCCUUGCUGGAACAACGUAUGAGUAAAAGCACACAUGCUCAGUUGGCUGCGCGAGUAGAGACCUUGAAGGAGCAAAUCACUCAGCAGCAAGAGUUGAUGCACAAGGCUCAGCAGGACAAGGAACGUGCUAUUGAGGAGUGUACCCGCAUUGAGACUGAGAUGGCUGAUUUCAAUAACAACAAGGACACCAAGUUGGAUGAAAUGAAUGUGCGAGUAGAUAAGCUGAAGCAUCAGCUGAAAAAGAGUGGCAUCAAACUCAAUGACAUGCAACGUGCAGUGCAGACGUUCGAGUUGGAGAUUGAGCAGAUGGAAGCCGAUAUUGUCAGCUGCGACGAGGAGAUGCAGAAAGUGCGUGAUGCCAUUGAAGAGUACAAGACCUUCAUUGCUGACAUGACCAAAGAAAUGGCAGAGAUCAACCGAGCCUUGGAAGACGCCAACAUGGCCUUAGAGACUGAAAACAGAAUCUUGAAUGCACACAAUGAAGAAUUCAACGACUUGUGUACAAUUUAUGACCGCAAAGCCGCAGAGCUCGUAGAGCUCAACCUCAAAGUGCAAAAGAUUACGCAUGAAAACGAACGAUUUCAAAAGGAAAAGCAAACUUCUGAACAAACAGUGCGUGAUUUGGAAGCCCAAAAUGAAUGGAUUGCAGAUGAGAAGCAAUUGUUUGGCCAGCCUGGUUCUGCGUAUGAUUUCAAUAACAUCAGCUUAGUGGACGUGCGAAAGCAACUGCAGCAAUUGAGCUCAAACCAUGAAAAGAUGCGCAAACAGAUCAAUGUGCGUGUGAUGAAUAUGAUUGACAACGUUGAAAAGAAGGAAGCCUCAUUAAAGGAAAUGCUGUCGACUGUCCAAAAAGACAAGCAGAAGAUUGAAGACACCAUUGUGACACUUGAAAACUACAAGAUGGAGGCUUUGGAAAAGACAUACCAUAAAGUCAACAAGGAUUUUGCUGAAAUCUUUGGUGAUUUGCUGGACGGGAACACGUGUAAAUUACAAGCACCUGAAGGAAAGCUGAUUUCAGAUGGAUUGGAGGUCAAAGUGUGUUUAGGUGGUGUAUGGAAACAAAGUUUAACAGAGCUGAGUGGUGGUCAAAGAUCUUUGAUCGCUUUAUCAUUGAUUCUGUCCCUGCUUCAAUUCAAACCAGCGCCCAUGUACAUUCUAGAUGAAGUGGAUGCUGCCCUUGAUUUAUCACAUACCCAAAACAUUGGUUCAUUAUUGCGUACAAGAUUCAAAGGGUCUCAAUUCUUGGUGGUUUCACUGAAGGAUGGUAUGUUUAAUAAUGCCAAUGUCUUAUUCAAAACAAGAUUCAAGGACGGCACCUCUGUGGUCGAAAGAACCACACCGUACAGACAGGAAAUGAGUCGUAAGCGUGGACGUAAUGAUAAGGAGAAUAGGCCAGUUGUAGCCUCAUCCUCCACUGCUGCUACCUCUUGA